CUUAGUCACGUUUCUGAGUGUAUGAAGUCGGGGCUUUGCUGGGUCAGUGGCGUUGUGAGGAGCCGGGGCGCCUGUUCCUCUUCCAUGGUGAGUGGAAAGUAAUUGCUCUGGCACUGCAAUGAGGCUAAGAUCCUCCCUGUACUGUGAGAGGAGAGUAUUAACUACAGUUUCAGACCUUGAUUUGGAAAGAUCAUAAUUAGCACAUUCAUUAAGGUUUGACUUCUGUUCUCUUUAAAAGGGGGAUCUGGCUUGGAUCCUGUGAUACAGGUGUGUCACCUAAAUCAGGUUGUUGGCUCUUCUCUAAUAUUUGAAGACUUUCUAUUUUAUGUUCUGUACAACAUGCAUAACUCAAUCUCAAAAGACAUUAUUUGGUCUGAAUGUUCUCUUUAGCUCAACAUUCCUUUCAUACUGAUGGAACUAGAUUUCCUCUCAGAGAAGAGCUCCUCUUAGGGUGUCAUAUUUGAAUGCUUUACUUUUCUCUUCUCAGCCACAAUUCGAAGCAGAAGACAGUCUCUUUGGGGAAGCAAUUAGCCAAAUCCCAUCAUGCUAAAAUAUACAAUAAGGGAGGCCAAACAUUGAUGGAAUUAAUCUGUUCACAAGAUUACCUGCUAUGUAACCUAUAACUAUAACAUAAGACAUUCUCUAAUACUCUUUUUUAAAAUCAUUAAUGUUAUACUUAAAAAAUUUCUGUAGUCUUUUAGAACCAAAAAAUAAAAAGGGUCCAUCCUGUAUUCCUUGCACAUCCAAAGCUCACAUUGACUCAUGUCACAUGUUGCAGAAUGGAACAUUGUGAAUAAGUUUUUUUUCCUUAAGUCUGGCCAACAUUGUAGUGUACUUUAACAAACAGCAGCUGUAAAGACACGGCAUUUUAUUAUGAGACUUACUGACAUAUGCCGUUUUCCAGCAUAUUUAACGAAAGGUUCUAGUGCUAGUCCUUUUUUUAUUAAACCAUUAGUCUUGGGUAUUCAAAUGCAAUUUUUUUUUUUCAGUCUAAGUAUUUUGAAAAUGAUUUAGAUGUUUGUCGCAUUUAAAAUACUGUUUGUUUUAAUUUAUUCUGCUACUUGUGACGGCCAUGUACUGAUUAUACUUUCCAACAUAGCUGGAUGUUUUGGGUUCAACAGGAAAUCUGGCAAAAACCCCCCCCACAGGUUUCACACAAUUUAGAGUCUUACUUUCCCUAAGAUGUGCUGAAUCGGAUUUUAAUGUACACCAAACCAGGACUUGAAAAAUCCCCUUGCUAGUGGGAGGCUUUUACUGAUGAAUAUGAAGGCUUAAGACGUCCAUUUCUGUAGAAUUUAACCUUUCGUUUAAAACAACAAAAGACGUGAAUGCCCCAUAUGGUUGUAAAGAUAACCUUUCAAAGGGGAUUGAAAACUAAAGAAUGGGUGUUGACUUUGUCCAUAAACAGGCAGCUCCAGUGCUUUUGCUUCUUAGGCUAUGUCUACACUACACAGCUUUUAGUGACAUGGCUUUGUCGCUACAGCCAUGCCACUAAAAGUCACGCAGUGCAGCUGCUGUUUGUCGGCUUUCCUGCCAACAAAAAACUUCCAACCCCAAGGAGCAGCAUUUGCGUUGGCGGCAGGAGAGGGCUCCUGCUGACAUAGUGCUGUUCACACUGGCGUUUGUUGGCAGCAAAACUUUUGUCUUUCAGGGUUUGUGGGUUUUCUUUUCUUUUUUUAAACACCUCUGAAAGACAAAAGUUUUGACAUUCAGUUGCGAGUGUAGACAUAGCCUUAGUUGAAUGUAUGUUAGCCUUAGAAUGAAUAUCUUUUCAUUAAUAUUACUGCUGUUGUGAGCCUUUGUGGGCAAUGGUUAAACUGACAAGAAUUGUACAAAUUUUGUAUUGCUGCAGAGCAUUAGGAGAGGAGAAGAAACACAACUUUUUUCCAGCGUUUGUUAUUUCAGGAAACUGUAGGUUUUGAAUUGCAGGCCUCCUAGCCUGACGCCGACAAGAAAUAUGGACAGCGAAAAUCAUUAGGCCAGAAAUUUGAAAUCCGAGUAUCUGAAUUUGGACUCCUAAGCAAGUAGCCUAGUUUUUCCAAAGUUGCUGAAUACACACAGCUCCUGUUGACUUGGGUGUGUGGUGGUGGUGGUAAAGGCCACAAUAGGUGGUUCUUAAUUUGGAGGAGACAUUUUUUUAGCCUGUGCAGACUUAGAGUCCUGCCAUGCUACUGCUAAACCAGAACUCUACAUACUGUUUAGGUGUGUUCUAUCUAGUUUAAAGAUAUUUGUAUUUUGAAACUUUAAAUAAUUUUGCUGAAAUCCAAGUGUAUGAAAAUGUCCGUAUGCUUCCUUUGCUGGAUGAGAAUUCCUUCUUUGCCAAGGGGUUAUCUGUAUAGGGUUGGCAUAACUGUGAGCAAUAUGUGGUAUUUUUUGUUCUCAAAACUAUAAGAAAAGGACAUUGUUGGGGGGGCCCUGGUAUUUCUUUUAUAUUUUAUAGUUUUAGAGGUGUCCAGACUCUAAUGGAUGAGGAUGAUCAAGAGGAGUGCAUGUGGGAAAUUCUGGACCUAGGUACUUCAUGCUUUUUGAUGCUAGCUGGGAGGGAACCUGAUAACACUUAUGCCAACCUUGAUUUAAAAAGCAGAUCUCUUGUGCACAUCUUUGGCUGAAUGAGAAGAAGAGUGGUAUUUGCUUCUGAAAACUCGAAAUAAAUGUAAAUGUCUGGAAAACCAAAAAUUAGGAGGGAUUUUGGAUUCACACUUCAAGACUGGCAAUCUUGUAUGCAGAGCACAAACAUGAAUAUGGCUUGACUAAGUGUUCAGUGGACUGUAUUAAGAUCAGGGGGUUCUCCUCUAGCACUGAGGAGCAGAACCCACAACAGCUUGAAAUCGGUGGAAAUAUUUCUCGGCAGUCAGACUCAUCAAAGCAGCAAUACAAAAUGAGUGGAUAUUCUGAAUUUGCAAUCAACCAUAGUCAAAUGAUUGCUGAGGAGACUGGUGUUCAAACCAAGCCUGAACGACAUCCAGAUACUUGUCAGGAGGACAUUGAGAUGAGCAGUGGAUCAAGUGGUAACGACUUCAGUGGAAAGUAUAUGAAUGAAAACUACUCUAGUGGCCAUGAUUCUCAUGGCAAUGAAUCUGAUGAAAAUGGGAAAGAUACAGCAAUGCUUGUGGAGUCUUUAGAUUGUCAUAAAAGCUCAAAUGCAUUUAGCCUGAUGAUUGCAGACUCUGAACAUAAUCCAUCUACCAGUGGAUGCAGCAGUGAGCAAUCCACUAAAGCCAAAACACAACAGGAAUUGAGGAAAACAUUGCAGGAACUGAAAGCACGCCUUCCUCCUGAAAAAAGAAUCAAAGGAAAAUCUAGUGUGCUGGCAACAUUGAAAUAUGCACUUAAAAGCAUUAAACAAGUUAAAGCCAAUGAAGAAUAUUACCAGUUACUGAUGAUUAAUGAAAGCCAUCCUUCUGGUCUUGAUGUGUCAUCCCAUACAGUGGAGGAAGUUGAGAACAUUACUUCAGAAUACAUCAUGAAAAAUGCAGACAUGUUUGCUGUAGCUGUUUCCCUGAUUACUGGGAAAGUCUUGUACAUCUCUGAUCAAGCUGCCUCUAUUCUCCGCUGUAAGAGGGAUUUCUUUAAAAAUGCCAAAUUUGUGGAGUUCUUGGCACCUCAGGAUGUCAGUGUUUUCUACAGCUCCACAACCCCUUACAGAUUGCCAUCAUGGAGUAUUUGUAAUGGAGUUGAGUAUUCCACACGAGACUGCAUGGAGGAGAAAUCAUUUUUCUGUCGCAUCAGUGCAGGAAAAGAACAUGAAUGCAUCUGCUACCACCCAUUUCGUAUAACUCCUUACCUUAUCAAAAUACAAGAUACUGAGAAUGCAGAAGAUCAGCUUUGCUGUGUGUUGCUUGCAGAAAAGGUGCACUCUGGCUAUGAAGCACCCAGAAUUCCUCCGGACAAGAGAAUUUUUACAACUACGCACACACCAAGUUGUUUGUUCCAGGAUAUAGAUGAAAGAGCUGUACCUCUUUUGGGAUACCUACCUCAGGAUUUAAUAGGAACCCCUGUUUUAUUGCAUCUUCACCCAAGUGACAGACCUCUAAUGCUAGCAAUUCACAAAAAAAUACUUCAAUAUGGUGGACAGCCUUUUGACUAUUCACCAAUCAGGUUCUGCACUAGAAAUGGGGAAUACAUAACUAUGGACACCAGCUGGUCUAGUUUCAUUAAUCCUUGGAGCCGAAAAGUCUCAUUUAUAAUUGGAAGACACAAAGUUAGGACUGGUCCCUUAAAUGAAGAUGUAUUUGCUGCUCCCACCUACACAGAAGAUAAAAUCCUUCAUCCUAGCAUUCAGGAAAUCACAGAACAAAUAUACCGGCUGUUGUUACAGCCUGUACACAACAGUGGAUCUAGUGGCUAUGGAAGCUUGGGUAGCAAUGGAUCACAUGAGCAUUUAAUGAGUGUAGCAUCAUCCAGUGACAGCAAUGGGAACAACAAUGAGGAGACGCUAAAGGACAAGCAUGUGACAUGUCAAGAUGCGCAUACGGCCAGAAAUGAAGGGCAACAUGUUUUCACUGGUAGAAGAGUGAAGCUGGAACAUACAAAAAAGUUUUUUGGAGAAAAAACAAAUUGUUCCAGUGUUCGGAUGGAAGAUAUAACUGAAAAGGAUACUGUAGCCAUUGCUGCUCAUAAGAAUGUGAUUACAGAGGAACUGGCUUGGAAAGAACAACCUGUGUAUUCCUAUCAACAGAUUAGUUGUUUAGACAGUGUCAUCAGGUACUUGGAGAGUUGCAGCAUACCUGGCACAGUAAAGAGAAAAUGUGAACCUUCAUCAAAUGCUGCUUCACUGAGUUCUGAUGAUCAGAAGCAGAAAACAGCUGAUAAUGCCAUAAAGCCAUCAGGAGAAAGAGUGCUGUUGAAAACUCGUAUAGAUCCUGCUGUGUUGAAGACAUCUGAUAAAUCAAAUGGUCCUCCGGUAGUUGGUGCUCACUUAACCUCUUUGGCUUUACCUGGGAAACCAGAAAGUGUUAUAUCCUUCACCAGUCAGUGCAGCUACAGUAGCACCAUAGUUCAUGUUGGGGACAAAAAAACACAACCUGAAUUAGAAAUGAUAGAAGAUGGUCCUAGUGGAACAGAACUCUUAGUUAGUCAACUUCUUGUCCCUCCAUCCAACACUAUACAUGUAAACCAGGAAAAAGAGCCAUUUAAGAAACUGGGACUUACAAAGGAAAUCCUUGCAGUGCAUACACAAAAAGAAGAGCAGAGCUUUUUGAAUAAAUUCAAAGAAAUCAAAAGAUUCAAGAUUUUUCAAUCCUGCUGCAAUUACUACGUACAAGAUAGACCCAUAGGACGUCCUGGUGAACGUGGUGCUCGUGGGCAAAGAAAUGGUACUUCUGGAAUAAAUCAGUCCUGGAGGAAAAGUGGAAAGAACAGGAAAUCAAAACCAAAACGAAUUAAACCACAGGAAUCCUCUGACAGUACAACUUCUGGACCCAAUCCCCCUCAUCAGUUCCCUCUGCAAGGUCUAAAUAGUACAGCUUGGUCACCAUCAGAUACUUCUCAAGCUAGCCAUUCAGCCAUGUCUUUCCCUGCUACUAUGCCUGCAUAUCCACUCCCAGUUUUUUCAGCAGCGGGAACUGUGCCACCAGGUCCUGAGGCUUGCCUUUCUGGUUUCAGUGAUUUACCAGACUCUAGAAAUAAUUGUCCUAUGCAGCCAUCGCAGUUCUCUGCACCUCUUGUAACGCCAGUGGUAGCACUUGUGCUCCCCAACUACAUGUACCCUCAAAUUAACAAUAAUUUAUCCCAGACACUUUACAAUGGCCAGCCUAGCUUUUCUGCUGAUCCUACUUUUUCUUCACAGUCAGUGUUUUCAACACAGCCGCCAUUAGCUGCCCCAAAUCCUUUCCCUCAACAGACAUUCUUUCCAACACAACCAUUCCAUUAUAAUACACUAGCAGAAAGCAAAAAGACUCCUGCCAUGGAAUCACGAAAUGAUCCAUCCCGUUCCUCCACGCCGCAGUCUCUUGGGCCUCAAGAUCACACCUCACCACCUUUGUUCCAGUCAAGGUGCAGUUCUCCUCUACAGCUAAACCUUCUGCAGUUAGAAGAAACCCCCCAAAGUGCUGAAAGUGGAGCUGCUGCUGGUUUACAUGGCGCUUUAAUUGAAAGAGGAGCCACAGACAAACCCAUAACUGAUGACAGCAGUAGAAAAGGAUCCUCUCCUAUUGAUUCUCCAGUGGGAGCUCAAAAUAGUGAUGCUCUCUCUAUGUACAGUGAUUUACUUCAUAUUUUACUUCAAGAGGAUGCAUGUUCAGGCACUGGCUCAGCUUCAUCAGGAAGUGGCGUAUCAGCAGCUGCCGAGUCGCUGGGAUCUGGAUCCAACGGCUGUGGCAUGUCAGGGAGCAGAACAGGCAGUAGUGAGACAAGUCAUACCAGCAAAUAUUUUGGAAGCAUCGACUCCUCAGAAAAUAAUCAUAAUACAAAAAAGAACGCUGAAAUGGAAAACAGUGAACAUUUCAUUAAAUAUGUCCUUCAGGAUCCUAUCUGGUUACUGAUGGCAAAUACAGAUGACGCUGUUAUGAUGACUUACCAGAUACCAUCCCGAAAUUCGGAAAUGGUUUUAAAAGAGGACAAACAAAAACUAAAGCAAAUGCAAAAAUUCCAGCCAAAGUUUACAGAAGAACAAAAGAGAGAGCUUAUUGAAGUUCAUCCAUGGAUCCAGAAGGGUGGACUUCCAAAAGCAGUUGCUAAUUCAGAGUGUAUUUACUGUGAGGACAACACACGAAGCUGUUUUUAUACACCAUAUGAUGAAGAAAUCCAUGAAAUGGAGCUUAAUGAAAUGAUUGAAGCCAGUGAAGAAAACAACUUGGCUACCCUGAGUCAAAUCAGUGAAGAACAAACCUAAUAUUUGGCACUAUUUAAAAAAGCAGCUGCUUUAAAUUACUAUGAUGCAUCAGCAUGUCUUAAGGUUUUAAAACUUGUUUCUAGUCAAAUGAAUCUGGUUUAUAAAACAAAUGGAUUUUUUGUUCUAGAAAAGUCAUUUGUGAAUUAAUCUCUUUGAAUGGGGCAAUCCCUUAUCUUUCCAGUACACUGUUGAGGACAGUGCAGUUUUAGAAACAAAAAUCUUUAUAUAUUUAAAAAAAAAAAGACUCUCACUUAAAUGCCUAAAGCUUUUCUAUAAAUUGUAGAAGCUUUCAUGAAAGCCUAUAGAUCUGGUAAUCAGGUUAAUGAGUGCUGUAAAAUACCUAGUUUAAUUGUUUUCUUCAACUAUCCACUUAGUAAUGAUGCAGCAUUAAAUUGAGUUUACAUUUUGAGAUCACUGUUAAUUACUGAAUUACUCCACUAUAUUGAAGAAAAAUGUUGAUACUCUGCAGGUAUUUUGAUUCACAAUUCGCAUCCUUUCUCCAAUUAGUUGAUCCCAUCUUCUUUGUUCCCAUUCAUGUCAUUUAAAUACUGGGAAUAUUUUAAUAGCAUAUUACUAACGUCAAUAUCUGUUCAUAAAAUUUUUAGGUCACAGAUUAAAAUUGUGAAUGUAUGGGAGAACAUGAAGGAGAGCCAUGAACUUUGUAAUGUUUUGUUUUCAUGAUCAUUGAAAUGCUGUGAACUAUUCAUUACACUGACAAAUUCUCAACUAAUAUUUAUCUAGUAUAUGUUCAAAAACUUGAACUGCAGAAAAGAACACUGCCUCUCUACCACUGCUUGUUUGUUAAAGAUUGGUAUAAGUUUGUGUACCCUUCUUUCUAGUUUGUUCCUUCAUUAAGCUGGCCACCAGUCUUUCAGUUCUGGCUAAAUAAACAUUAAACAUGCAUGUGUUCAGAGGGUUAGAGACUUCUCUCAAAGUCAAAAUAGUUAUUAUACACAGAAAAGGUUUUUAGAACAGUACUCAUUUCAUUAUAUUUGGUUACUGAGUGAUCUUCAGCUAUGUGGGUAGAAUCCUUUGAUGUCAAGAAGUUUACUUGUAGUACCUCUGGAAUAGUAUGGAUCUGGAUAUUCGUGCAUUAGGUGCAGAAGCUGUUCUUUUAUACUGCUUGGCAAUGAGAAGAGGACAAAAAAGGGUGGAUUUGCCAAUAAGUGUUGAGAUAAAGAACACUUAAGCUUAGAAUACUUCUGGAUGGCAGUACUGAGUCUGAAGGGUAGCAGGGGGAAAUGUAUAAAGAGAUUCAGCUGCAGUCAAAUUAAAACAUUAGUUUCAAUGUGUCUUCACUUAAUGUGUUUACAAUUACUACAACUGUAUUUCUGGUGUUUCAUCUUUAUAGCUUAAAGGAAGAACUUACGAAACUCAUAGAAUCACAACUUACUAGUGACCAUUUCACUUUAAUGUUGUAUGAAACACUCACCAGCAAGAGCUCGUACUCCCAUUGUUUUUAAUAGUGAAAAGAUAAAACUUAAAUCUGUAUAAAUAUUAACUCAAACAGGAAACCCAGUUUAAUUUUUCAGUGUUUAUAAAGUCCAAUGUACUAGAUGUUUUGUGCAGAAAUUAAGCCGUGCAGAUAUACCAGCAUAUUGCGCAUAUGCCAUUAUUACAUGCAGAAAUAUAUUAUUUUAAUUGGACCAGAGUGAUUGAGAAAUAAAGCUUUAAGAGUGCAAUCAAAGUGUACAAACAACUUGCAGGGACUUCUCAACCACUUUGUAAUUUUUUUUCACCAUUAGCAUGCUUUUCUGGCUAAUUUUUUUUAACGAAUGUCUUGUAACUAACUUAGUGAAAGGGAGGGAAGAGGUGUAUUUAAAGCAUUUUGUGGAUGUUUAUACAAAAACUUACCCUUGCAUUUUUUUAAAGUGUGUGCAUUUACAAGGUAGUAGUUAAAAUAUUUCCCUGUAACUUUAAAAUGACAAAUCUCCACUUCUAGGGAGGUUGGGAAAAAUUAUAAUUUAUGUUGUAAUAUGAUGUGACAUAACCUUUUGUCAACAAUGUUUUCUGUACACAGUGCAAUAUAUUUUGGUUUUGUCACUUGUGACUAAUCUUUGACUUUUUGCAUUUUAGAAAACUGAUAAAUAAAACAGAUAUAUUUUUA